GCCUGCACAACAGGUGCACCACGGCCUGGUGGAGGGCAAGGAGGCCUAGACUAGAACUGAGGAGUUCGGGCCCUACCCCUUCCUCGCUGGCACCUUCCCUAAGUGAGCCUCAGUUCCUCAUCUUUAAAAUGGGGCUAAUCACCUGCCCUGUCCGUCUUCCAACAGGGCUGUAGGUAGGUAGCACAUGGAAAACAUACCUGGAAAGUAGCUACAGUCUGGGGACUAUGCCUGUGCCAGCCACUGUCAGCCCUCUGCCAGCACUGAGCCCCUUCCUGGGGCUUGGUUAAUAACAACAGUAAACACUUAUUUAACACUGUGCACCAGGCACUGUCCUCAGUGCUUUUACGUAUGGUCACUCCUUUAGUCCUCCCAGCGCCGCGUGGAAGUAGGAGUUCUAAGUACCUCCCUUUUUCAAAUGAGCCAGCCGAGGCCCAGGGAAGUAAUUUGCCCAAAGCCACUUAGCUAGUAAGAAGUAAAGCUGGAUUUGAACCCAGCCAGUCUGAUUCCAGAUCAUGUGCUCUUUAUAUGUGUCCUCUACUGCCCUUUUGAAGCUUUCUGUGGGCCUCUCUGUGCACCACCCCCGCCAAACACACACGCACUUCUGCCCAAUUUCUGCAGAACUUAACACCUGCACCAGUCCAUUUCAGAAGACUGCUGUGUUUAAACAGUGACUUAGGGAGUCUCAGCCUGGGAAGGAGAACCUAGCAUCCACUGCUGGAUACUGGCCACAGGAGCACAAAACGUUGAUGAACCAGGCAAAGGAGAGAUUGUUCUUGUCCUGAGGGUCAGGGAGGGCCAAGAGGAAGAUGGCAUUUGACGUAGAUCUUAACAUUUUGGAGGGAUUUGGGGAAGAGGCUGGGGGGAAGGUUGUAUUUCUAGCAGGAGAACCAGCAUGGGCGAGGGCAUGGAGGUGUGGGACUGCUGGGGAUGGAGAGCACAGCGUGUGCUUAAGGGGAGACUCAUGCAACGCAAGAAUAGAGAGGAAGAUGGGAAUUAGACUCGAAUGCUCAGCUGAGGAAUUUGAGCUUUAUUCCGGAGUGGAGGCCCGAGAAGGUUUCUGAGCCCAGGAGCGAUGCCACCUGAGCUGCUUCGGGGCCGUCGAUCCUCAGUGAGAGGAAGGCUGGAUGGUGGAAGCUAAGACCAGAAGCAGGGGACGAGCUGGGAGGCCAUGGCCUUGGACCAUGAGUGUUAACAAGGCCCUGAGCUAGUUUGGGGGCCAGAGGCAGGUUAAAGGGAAGGUUUCCAGAGCCAUUCCCAAGCUGGGCCGCAGGGAAUUCCCUGGCAGUCUAGUGGUUAGGACUCCACACUCUCACUGCUGAGGGCCCAGGUUCGAUCCCUGGUCAGGAAACUAAAAUCCCCUAAGCCGCACAGCAUGGCCAAAAAAGAAAACAAAAAACAAAAAAAACUGGGUUGCAUAUUUGACCAGACUCAGUGGCUGCUGGAUGUGGAGAGUGAGGGAAAGGGUGGAGUCAGAUAUGACACAGUUACCAUUUAGCACGUGAGACCUCGCGUGGUGAUUUCGGUAGCCCGCUGGCCCCGGCAGUGUGGCAGAGGGAAGGACCCUGCAUCUGGGUUCACACAGGCCUGGAUUUGAAUUUUGACUCUGCUGCUCACAAGCUGUGUGACCUUGAGCAAGGUAAAUCCCUCUGUGAGCUUCAGUUUCCUCAUCUGUAAAAUUGGGAUAAAAUAAAUGCCAACUUUGGGUGGCUGAGGAAACCAUUAAAUGAGGCAACGCCUGUAAAGCCCUGGAGGUAAAUCAGGCAAAGCGUGAGCACCCUGGAAGUGGUCAAGUUACGCUCGCCACCCCCAGCUCCUGGCCAAGUCAGGCCAGGACUGAGGAUGGCGUCCUUCCUGAAAGUGGACACACUCCAGGACGACUUGAAGAAAGCAGGUUCAUUCAUUUACCCCAAAUGUUUUUGAUCUCCCACUAUGUAUCAGGCACUGUUCUAAGCACUGGAGGUAGCAGUGAACAAAGCAGAGAAAAAUCUCUCCCUCCCCUGGAGCUUGCAGUCUAGCGAUGAAUGAACAGUAUGUCUUACUAAAUGCCAAGGAGGAAAAUAAAGUAGGGGAGAGGGAUAGGGAGUUUGGGGAGGUACGGGGCGGCCAGGGAGGGCCUUGGGGGAAGGUGACUUUUGAGUCAAGGCUUAAAGGAGGUGGGGCAGCAAGGCAUGAGGCUACCUGAGGAAAGAACAUUCCAGGCAGAGGGAACAGCAAGAAGUGGAGUGUAUCUGGUGGCAGCCCUCAGAUCUGCACCUCAGUCACACCUCUAAGAUCACACAGCCAGUUAAGAGUAGAGAAAUGGUAAAAACAAACUAAAAACCACAGAGCCAUCAAACCUACCCUGAAGCCUGAUUUCUGCCCCUUUUUCUUCACCACUUCCCCCCACCAUUUUCCGGGACUGAGUUCCAAGAUGAUAAUUAGAGCUAGCACUUCCUGAGCAUUUGCUGCAUGGCAGGCACUCUUCUACGUACUGCCAGUCAUCAGCUCGUUUAUUCUUUACAACCCUAUGUAGUGGGCGCUUCUCAUUAUCCCCACCUCAUUGACAAGGAAACUGACAUACAGAGAGGUUAAGUAACUUGCCCAGGGUCCCAUAACUAGUGUCUUCUCCACCUCCCAUAAACCCUUGCAGGGCAGUGGCCUCUGGUGGGGCAGUUGAACUCAGGAGAGCAGGGUCCAAACCCAGCUUGGUUAGCAGUGAGACCAGGGGCAAAUCACCCUGUCACUACGUUCUCUCUACCUGCAAGUGUGGUGUCUAGAGUAUUUAAAGCCUCAGUUUCCUCAUCUGUAAAAUGGGUUUGACACUAGCCCCUGCCUCACUGUGGUCCUUUUGAGUGUUGAGAUAAUGCAGAUAAAAUGCUUAGCACUGGAUUUGGCACAUAAUAUUUUUCUCAUCAAUGGCAGCUCCAAGUACCAUGAUGAUGAUGGUUCUAGAUGAUCUCCAAGGGCCAGGCCAGCCUUGGACCUCUGUGGUUCUAAAAAGCCUUGAUAGGCCUUGUCCAAAUAUCUUGGCAGUCAGCACAUAGCCAUGCCUCAGUAGGCCCCAAGCCCAUAUGGCUGUGCAGGUGGGCAGGCCUGGCCAAGGGGGUGAGUGGGGGCCAGAAUCAAGCUUUGCUGUGCGUGGCCUUUUCCUCUAUUUUUUUCCCCUUCCUCUAAUUUCCACAAAGAUCCUAGAUGGGCUGGUGGCGGCCCUAGUGGGUGCUGUUGAAAGAAAAACAUAACUGUUUUCCUGUACACUCAACUCAUGACACUUCUGACACGAAAUGUGUGGGUUUUUCUCCCCACACUGACCAGUUCUCUGACACUAGCUGGGUGUCCUACAAUUCAGUUCAAUUCCGAUACUGUCUGCCUGGAGAGAGCAUCAGAUCCCAGAGGUUAAGGGCUCAUUCCCACAAGACUGCCCCCACUUCAGAUACCAGUUUGCAAGCCCAGACCUCCUGUAGUUUUUUUUUGUUUUAAAACUUUUAGUUUUAUUUUAUUUUAUUUAGUUUUUUGGCCGUGCCGCGCGGCCUGUGGGAUCUUAGUUCCCUGACCAGGGAUUGAACCCGUGACCCCUGCAGUGGCAGCACAGAGUCCUAACGACUGGACCACCAGGGAAUUCCCCAGACCUCCUGUACUUCUGACUGACCAUCAAGACAUCAGGCUUUCUCAUGACCCCAUCCUGAGACUUGAUAAUUUGCUAGGAUGGCUUACAGAACUGAGGGAAAUACUUACAUUUAUUGGUUUAUUAUAUAAUAAAGGAUAUGAUAAUAGCCAAAUGAAGAGGUACGGAGGGCGAGGUCUGGAAGGGUCCAAGGACAGGAACUUCUGUCUUCACAAAGUUGGGGUGCACUACCCUCUCGCCAUGGGGAUGUGUUUAGCAACCAGAAGCUCUCUGAACCCCAUAUUUCAGGGACUUUUAUGGAGGCCUCAUCACAUAGGCAUGAUCGAUUAUUACCUGAGUCUCCAGGCCCUCUUCUCUCCCCAGAGGCAGUGGGGGACUGGGGCUGAAAGUUCCAAACUUCUAAUCAUGGCUCUGUCUUUCUGGUGACCAGCCCGCAUCCGGGAUCCCACCAAGAGUCGCCUCAUUAGAACAAGAGACUCUCCUAUCACCCAGGAAAUUCCAAGGAGUUGAGGAGCUUAAUGUCAAGAACUGGGCUCAAAGACCAAAUGUUAGAAGAAGAUUCUCCUAGCACCCCUGUUACUUGGGAAAUUACAAGAGUUUUAGGAGCUCUGUGUCAGCAAUGGGGACAAAGACCAAAUAUAUUACAGUUGACCCUCGAACAGUGUGCGGGUUAGGGGCGCAGACCGUCCACGCAGUGGAAAAUCCAAGUAUAGCCUUACAAUCGGGCCUCCGUAUCCAAGGUUCCGCAUCCUCGGAUUCAACCAACCUCGUAUCGUGCAGUGCUGUCAUAUUUACCAUUGAAAAAAAUCCACGUGUAAGUGGACCUGUGCAGUUCAAACCUAUGUUGUUCAAGGGUCAACUUUAUUUUUUGUUAUAUCACAGUAUCACAGCUGUAAACAUGUCCUUCAUCCUGAUGUGAUAUAAUCAAGAACGCAGGUUUUUGAGCCGAACUUCCUGGGAUCAGAUCCCAGCCCUGCUACUAACUGGUCAUAUAUCCUUGGGCAGCGACCUAGCAUCUCCGAGCCUCAGCCUGUCACUUUAAAGUCAAGAAGCUAACUGCUACCUUUUAGGGUAGUGAUGAGGAACAAAUGGGGUAAUGCAAGUAAAAGCAUCAACUCUUGGGGGUCCCUGUUGGCUGGUGGCUGUCACAGAAGGGAGUGGGAGGCCUUGCUCUCUUUCCCCAUUUUACAAACAGAACUGAACACCAAACCGCGAACGGGGCCCCUUCCCUUGGAUUCCUGACCCACCUGCAAUCCAGCAACUCAACUGAUGGAGAGGCAUUUGACCUAGAGGGAAGAGGCCCGGCAGAAGGGACUCGCUGAGCCACCCCCGCUCUGCUCCAUGUUGGCUGUGCUCUCAGGCUGGCGCCAUGCCCCCCCCAGCAGAGGUGACAGACCCGUCCCAUGCCCCCGCCGUCCUGCGCCAGCUCAAUGAGCAGCGGCUCCGUGGCCUCUUCUGUGACGUCACCCUCAUAGCCGGAGACACCAAGUUCCCUGCUCACCGCAGCGUCCUGGCUGCUUCUAGUCCCUUCUUCAGAGAGGCCCUGCUCGCUUCAGCCCCACUGCCCCUCCCACCAAUUACUGGGGGCUCUGCCCCCAACCCUGCCUCCACCACAGCUUCUUCCUCCUCCUCCUCUUCCUCCUCCUCUCCCCCUCCACCCUCACCUCCCGCUUCAUCCCCACCCCGGGUCCUGGAGCUGCCAGGGGUCCCAGCAGCUGCCUUCUCUGAUGUCCUCAAUUUCAUCUACAGUGCCCGGCUGGCACUACCUGGUGGUGGAGGGGACGGGGCAGCCGUGGCAGAGAUCGGCGCUCUGGGGCGGCGUCUGGGCAUCUCCCGCCUGCAGGGCCUGGGGGAGGGAGGUGAUGCCUGGGCACCUCCUGCCCCAGCCCCCAUGGCCACCUCGCAGCCUGAAGAAGACAACUUCGGGCCUGGGCCUAGGCCAGCCGGGGAGUGGGAGGGUGACAGGGCUGAGGCCCAGGCCCCUGACUCACAGCCUCCCCUGCCCCGGCGGCCCCUCCCCUGCCCCCGAUGUGGGAAAAGCUUCAUCCAUCCCAAGCGGCUGCAGACCCAUGAGGCACAGUGUCGUAGGGGGGCCAGCACUCGGGGGUCUGCAGGGCUGGGAGCCGGGGGCUCUGGCCCCAGUGGCCCUUCAGGAGUGGACGCCUCAGCCCUGCCCCCACCAGUGGGCUUCCGAGGUGGUCCCGAGCACGUGGUGAAGGUGGUGGGCGGCCACGUGCUGUACGUGUGCGCGGCCUGUGAGCGUUCCUACGUGACCCUGUCCAGCCUGAAGCGGCACAGCAAUGUACACUCGUGGCGGAGGAAGUACCCCUGCCGCUACUGUGAGAAGGUGUUCGCCCUGGCUGAGUACCGUACCAAGCACGAGGUGUGGCACACCGGGGAACGCAGGUACCAGUGCAUCUUCUGCUGGGAGACCUUUGUCACCUACUAUAACCUGAAGACCCACCAGCGAGCCUUCCAUGGCAUUAGCCCGGGCCUCCUAGCCAGUGAGAAGACGCCCAAUGGAGGCUAUAAGCCCAAGCUCAAUACCCUCAAGCUGUACCGCCUGCUCCCCAUGCGGGCGGCCAAGCGGCCCUACAAGACCUACAGCCAGGGAGCCCCCGAGGCCCCCCUUUCUCCGAGCCUCAACACUCCGGCCCCUGCGGCAAUGCCGGCCAGCCCACCACCCGGACCCCCACCUGCCCCAGAGCCUGGCCCCCCACCGUCUGUCAUCACUUUUGCCCACCCAGCUCCCUCUGUCAUUGUACAUGGGGGUAGCACCAGUGGUGGAGCAGGGAGUGGGCCGGCCAGCACAGGGGGGGCCCAAGCUGCCUCAGUCAUCACUUACACUGCUCCGCCACGGCCCCCCAAAAAACGUGAGUACCCACCUCCUCCCCCUGUGCCUGCAGCUGCCCCAGCCAGCCCAGCCCCAGCCGGCAGCCCAGCCACAGCCACGGAGGAGGCCAAGGGCCGGAACCCACGGGCCACAAGGACUCUGACCUACACGGCCAAGCCAGCUGGUGGGCUUGGCGGGGGCGGGGGUCCCCCUGCAGGGCCUGGCCGGGGUCCCUCUCAGCUGCAGGCUCCACCUCCACUGUGUCAGAUCACUGUACGAAUCGGUGAGGAGGCUAUUGUCAAGCGCCGCAUCUCAGAAACUGACCUGCGUCCCGGGGAGCUGAGCGGAGAGGAGAUGGAGGAGAGCGAGGAGGAGGAUGAAGAGGAGGACGAGGAGGAGGACGAGGAGGAUGAGGAGGACGAGGAGGAGUCGAAGGCUGGCGGGGAGGACCAGCUCUGGAGGCCCUACUACUCGUACAAGCCCAAGCGCAAGGCUGGAGCCGCAGGCCCGGGCAGCAGCGGGGGCGGCGGGCUGCCCAGAGGCCGCCGGCCGCCUCGCUGGAGACAGAAGCUGGAACGGAGGAGCUGGGAGGAGACCCCGGCGGCCGAGGGCCCCGCAGGGCGUGCCCGUGGCGAGCGGAGGCACCGCUGCGGGGACUGUGCCCAGACAUUUGCCACCCUGAGGAAGCUGCGCAAGCACCAGGAGGCCCACGGCGGGGGCUCCCACAACUCUCGGGCUGGACGGAAGCCUUCCACCCGCUUCGCCUGCCCUCACUGCGCCAAGGUGUGCAAGACGGCAGCCGCCCUGAGCCGCCACGGGCAGAGGCAUGCUGCCGAGCGGCCCGGGGGUACCCCCACGCCUGUCAUUGCCUACUCCAAGGGCUGCGUUGGCACCCGAGCCGGGGACGUCAAGGAGGAGGCUCCCCAAGAGAUGCAAGUCUCCUCAUCCAGCGGGGAGGCGGGUGGCGGGAGCGCUGCUGCUGAGGAAGCUUCCAAAACCGCCUCGCUCCAGGACCCUGUCAUCUCAGGGGGGGAGGAGCCCUCAGUGGUGGCAGGAGGGGGUACCUAUGCAUACCCACCUGUGCAGGAAUUUCCACUGGCUCUGAUCGGGAGCGGCCGGGAAUCUGGCAGUGGCAGGGGAAAAGCUGGGAGUGAGGGGCCAGUGGGGGCUGGGCGGGGGGACCGGAUGGAGGGGAUGGGGGCUGCCAAAGUCACCUUCUACCCUGAGCCCUACCCACUCGUCUAUGGGCCCCAGCUUCUUGCCGCCUACCCUUACAACUUCAGCAACUUGGCCGCUCUCCCAGUUGCUCUUAACAUGGUCCUACCUGAUGAGAAGGGUGGGGGGGCCCUUCCCUUCCUACCAGGGGUCUUUGGCUACGCAGUCAACCCUCAAGCAGCACCCCCUACCCCCCCAACUCCACCGCCCCCAACUCUCCCUCCACCAGUCCCCCCUAAGGGAGAAGGGGAAAGGGCAGGGGUUGAAAGAACCCAGAAGGGAGAUGUGGGGUGAGCUCUGGGCCCAGAUCCCCCCUUUCACCAGAUGCCACCCUCCCUGAACCCCCGCCACUACCAGCUCCCUGGCCUCCCUGCCCCUUGGGAGCCCCUCCACACUCUUGUGCAGGGACUUGGGGGCCUCUGGAGCUCAGGGGUCAGGCUGCUUUGUGUGAGAUUGUAGUUUUCCCACCACCUGGGAAGGGAUCUUUGGUGGUUCCCCUCUCAGUUCUCCUCCAGGGAAUGGCCUCCGUGAGGGGCAGGGCCAGCUCCCAUCCCUUCUCCAGCCCUUGGGGCAACUGAGCAAUAUACUUAAAUGAAUCUCUACUCAUAGCCCCCACCAGCUCUGAAUGUCUAACCCGCCCCCCUGAUUCGUAAACCUAGGGGGAAACCAUCUGUCUCACCUAAUGUUCCCCCCUCGUUCUGAAGCUUUCUCUAAGCCCUUGCCCAGAUGCUUCCCAGCACAUUCCAUCCUUUGUGGCCCAGGGCCUGGACCAGACCAUUGUGAUACCUGACACUUACUCACCUGGGAGUGUGGCUUUGGAUUCCAUUCUCCCCGACGGUGGGUUUCUGUGCCCAUUUCCUUCACAUUAAGAUGCCAUCCCUUCCUUGGCUUCCAUGCCUUUGGAUCUUCCAUAUUCCUCCUUAUACUCCUAGACUCUGGAGAUGGCCUCUCCCAUCCAGGUCAAGGAGGUGCUGGGGGGAGGGCUACCUAUCUGUUCCAUGGCUGAGUACUUUCCCAGCCCAGGGCAGCACCAAUCUCAGCCCUACUUUGACCCUCAAAUCUCGUGAGCCCCAGACUCUUCCAAGGCAAAAGAAGUAGGUAGAUUGCACCUCUUCCUGCCUCUACAUAUGGCCUCUUCUGGGCUAAACCAGAUUUGGGGGCCAGGAGGGAGGAGCUCUAUAUGGGAUGGGGAAGGGAAUCUACUUUCUCCCUGUUUUUUUUCCCGAUGGUUUCUCCCAGACUAGACCAAAUAGCCAGAAAAAUGGAUGGGGGUUGGAUGGGUGGGUAAGCCCAAGAUUUGCACAUGACCUCCCAUCCUUACCUUAACCUCCUUUUUUCCCCCAGUAUCACUUCCCUCACCAAUCACUCCAGAUGGUUUUUGGUGAACCAUCCUACUCCCUUGGUGGGCUUUGGGGUAUCCCCACCAACUUUCCCUGCAAAAUAGCACCUUACACCCCAUCUUUGACUCAGUUUCCCACGCCCAAAGAUCCCAGCCUAGGGAUGGGGUACAGGGACCUUAUAAGUCCCUAAUCCCUAAUUUGCACUAGUUAACCCUGGUCAGGGGUCCCUAUGUUUCCUUCCAGUGGGGGAGUUGAAGAAAUGUUUGCUCCUAAUUCUCUUUGAUAACUGGGCCUCCCCACUCUGUGAUUGGAUGAACAUUUUCCAUCCACCCACCUCCCCCCCCAGAAAAAAAAAAACAGCUCACGAGGGGAGAGCCAGUUUGGGGGAGCAAAUUUGAAAAAUGGGAAUUAGAGGAGUGCAGUUUAAAAAGGGGAAAAGUUGUCAUCAAAAUGGCAGCCUUUUUCUCAGCUACUGUUUUUUGGGGCCAAGAUGGCUGCCCUCUCAACUGAUGCUGAAAGGGCAAGAUCAUGGCUUUUGGAGGGAGGGGGUUUGGGGGGAGGGACAGGACCAACCUCCUGCCUCUUCUCGCCCUCCCAGCAUACGGAAAGGGGAGGUUUUCGACAGGCUCCCUGAAUGUUAACCACGGAGGAGUGUCGCUCCUUCACUCCUCCUCUGUCUCUUUGCACUUUUCUUGGUCUUGGCCACAGUCCGAGUGAAGAGUUUCCUACUGAAUGUACCAUACCGAGUUCCAAUUUUUAAGGGGGAGAAAAGUUUAAAACGGGGAAAAAUGCAAAAAAAAAAAAUCACAAAAAAAAUUCCCACAAAUCUUGUUUCUGGCACUUUAGAAAAACUGCGAAUAAAAGUACAUAAUAAAGAAUACAUAUAUAUCUACACACAAAUUAUAUAUAUAAAAUAUAUAUAUGUAUAUAUAUAUAUAUAUAUAUAUAUAUAUAUACACACAGCGGAACCACAAGAGAGACUGAGGAAGGCCUUGGAGGCAGGGGGCAGAUGCGAUAACAGUCCCCCUAUAUCCUUAACCUGCACUCCUCUGAGGCAAAAAGGCACAGAGAUGGAAGGGGUUGAGGAUGGACCAGGGAAUUUGAAUUUCAGAACAGGUCAAAAUUCUAAAACCAUGGACAUUUUGGGAGAACUGAGAAUGUAGACAUUUAUUUUUUUGAAAAUAUGAUUUAGGAAAAUAGUUUCCAGAAUUUGGUGGUUCUGGGCAACAAAGGAGAUUGUGGCGAAAUGGCGAUUAAAAUACAUGUAUCGGAGUUGGGGAACUUGAAUAUUGUGAAUUUCACAUGUUGGAAAUUUGGGAUUUUGCAAUUUUGUCUUUUGAAAAUUAUUAAGUCUUGUCAGUUUGUGCCCUCUUUCCCCAUGUUCCCUGGGAAGAAGGGUGACGGUGGAGUGGGAAGGCCACUGGUUCUGUGCCACAGCACGCAAGAUUUAGAAUUCUACAGACUCUAGCUCUAUACGUAGUGAGGACCCAGAUUUAGAGAAACUGACCAAUAUUUAUCUCCGCAUUUGUGUGUGUGUCCAACUCUCUAGGCCAAUAAACCAACAAGACAAACGAACUGUG